AUUCUUUUUAACGAUUUCCAUUAGAUUUGAUGUUUGGAGAUACGCGGAUAUCGAUGUAGUGGAGGUAGGUGUUAGACGAUGACCGAGUCAGAAUAAUUUUCUCACGCAGGAAAAUGGACUGGUACUAGGUAGUUAUAUAGAGACUUCUUCGCUCAACAUGUACAGGAUGUUCGAUAUACAGCAUCUCUUUCUUGUCUUUCUGGUUUCUUUUUGAAUUGUAUAUUAAAUUGGCAAUACUUACGCCCGCAAAACCUACCAAAUCCUGAGCGAGCGUGCCUACAAAAGUUGAAUCCCAUACACCAACACCUCCCAGUCACGAUGGUCCAACUCGAGCCUUACAAGGGUGGCUACUACCUAUGGAAAUACCUCCCAUCCAUACCCGCCGCCAUAAUCUUCGCCAUCAUCUUCGCUGCUCUCACCGGAAUCCAUACUUAUCGGCUCUUCAAAACGAAGUUAUGGUUCUGCUUGCCGUUCAUAAUAGGGGGAAUUAUGGAAGUAAUAGGUUACUGUGCCCGAGCCGUAGCGUACUCCCAUACCGGACAGCUUCCGGUUUACAUCGUCCAGAACCUGAUGAUUCUCCUACCGCCACUCCUCUUCGCCGCGUCGAUAUACAUGGUCCUUGGCCGCAUCAUCCGUGCCGUGCGCGGUGAAUCAUACUCGCUCAUUCGCGUCGGCAUCUUGACCAAGGUUUUUGUGGCGGGCGAUGUGAUUUCCUUCUGGGUGCAAGGUGGAGGCGCGGGCCUCAUGGCCAAAGGAGACAGCGCGGCCAUGGGGGAGAAGAUUAUAGUGGGGGGUCUGAUCAUCCAGCUCCUCAUGUUCGGCCUCUUCAUCGUCACCGCCGUCCUAUUCCAGACUCGGUACCAAAGGGAAAAGGUCGACGCGAUACUCUACGAAGCGGUGGGCUGGAAGGCGAGCAUGUAUAUGCUCUACGGGGUGAGCAUCCUCAUUAUGAUCCGAAGCAUCUUCAGGGUGAUCGAGUUUGCCACGGGCCAGAAUGGAUACCUCCUCAGCAACGAGUGGACCCUCUACGUGUUCGAUUCGGUUCUCAUGGCGGCAGUUAUGCUUAUCUUCAUUGUCUGGUACCCCAACAACCUGAGACCGAGUCACCAAAGCCUAUUAAGUACGAACUCUGCGGGCACGGAUAUCCAUCUUGCAGAACAAGGCCAGAACGAGUUCUCGGACGUGGCACUCGAUGAUAAGGGUCGGAUUGUGUCUCGAUAGGUCGGUCUAAGAUGGGACCCUAGCCUGGAUAGCUGGCAGUGUAAGUUCAGUCUAGACCCGGCAUCUACUCUCCAUCAUCAGAUGAUGUUAACUAGCAAAUUCGGCUCAACCAUCUACCCGGCUCGUAAAGUCUUCUGGAAUCUCGUUCAGCUAGUUGAUUUCGGCAUAUGGGGGACCUAGGUAGUAGGGGGACCAUUGGAGGUGCAUUAGUUGAUCUAACGGAUAAAGGUUACCGUCCGUACUAUUUCAUGCUUCAGUAUCUAGUCUGGCGUGUGAUUCGACAAUACUUGGUAGUUUAAACCUUAAUACCAGCCUUAAAAGAGGUCAAAGUAGCUAUGUCACCACAUGUCACUACUUUGUACAAAGAAAAGAUUCGGAUUAAUUAUAAAUAUUUCGUACUUUCCAAAUAUUUAGUUACA